ACCCAGACCGACCGACCAACCAACCAGCAACACACACACAUCACUUGCCAAGGUUGUUUCGGUCUCUCUCUCUCUCUCUCUCUCUCUCUCUGGCAGAAGGAAGAGCUUCCAUGUGGGCGCCGGGUUCGCCGGGGAGGCUGCCGGCGAUGGCCUCCUGCUGGGGCCGCUUCGGCGUCGCGGCGCUGUGGCGCAGGCUGCGUCAGUUUAGCCUGGCGCGGCUCAGGAGGCGGCACGGCCGCUCCAUCCUCGGCGCCGGCGGGCUAAACUACGACCCGCUCAGCUACGCGCAGAACUUCGACGACGGCAGCCUCGAGCCAGACUUCACCGCCAGGUUCGCGCCCGCGCGGCACGCCGCCGGCUCGCCGAGGGCGGCGGGCGCAGCGCCGGACGUCGCCGCCGCAUGACGCGCGCGGAUUCUUGGCGCCGUACGCGCCUCGAGCCAGCCCAUACAUGAUGCCUACGGAGUUUCUACCACUGCUCGGCUGCUCGCUGUGCGCCUUGGCAGAGUGACAGAGUGGCAUACUGGUAAAAUUGCUCCACACGCCUUCAGUUAGUUAAAUGUACAUACAUAUCGCACGCCAUGGACGAUGGAUGUAAGUACUAAGUAGAUUCGUUACUGCUUAAUUUUUGCGAAUUCACUCGACCAAAAAAUCUUAGCCGGUUUGAUGGUUUCUGCGGCGUUCUUGCAGAGUGCCAGGGAUUUUUAUCAACUGUACUGAAUGUUUUGAUCAUGCCGUGUACACUUGUGAUUCGAGCUUCGGCAACACACAGCAAUCGCCGUUCUGAAG